AACCGGUCGAGUGUAUACGACAAGACAAUAUUGCGACAGUAUCGCGUUGCAUUUGUGCAUAAAACGAAUUGUACAAUGAGCGACGGCGGCGAGAAGAAGCGUCGGGUCAGUAUGGAUGCUGGUUAUUCCGUUCUCAGUAAUGAUCUUGAAGCCUGCAGAAUGUUCGAUCAGUAUUCCUACAAGGUGGAGGAGGAAAUGCAAGAGAGCUUGGAUCUGGGAUCGCGGCCAAGGAAGCAGGAAACGCGUUCGCAAUAUAUUCCUUCCGCUUUGUGCUACAUACAGAAUGCUAUUCGAUCGAAAUUGAUUUGUAUACUCAGAGGGCUCCAUAAUUCCCAUUAUGAUUCCGUAUAUCUAACAUAGUUGAGACAUGUGUAGGUAUCAGUGAAAGAAAAAUAACCAAUAUUCGAUGAUUAAUAAAAGAAAAAAUUGAUUGUACAAGAGCUCAUUUCUGAAGCCACAGGCGAUAUUUAUUAAUUCAUUAUAACGCGUCAUUUGAAGCACAUGUUCUAAAAACUAAUUCACAUGCGAAUCAAAACACGCGGCCAUUACAUCAGCUACAUUAUUUUCAGUUGCGCGAUUACGCGCGAGGCAACAAGUAAUUAUUAUCUAGAUACUUUAUUAUAUGUAUAUAUUCUAAUAAUGAUAUACUCUAUCACAAUUUACCUCUUAUCAAGUCAUUUAGUUUUGCCAUUUAUCAAUAAUUAAAUUCCUUUCGUGAAAUUCCAACCAUUUAUGCGUCAAUUGUAUUCCUCCUAACUUUAAUCAAAAUUUCAUUUCCGAAGUAAAUGUGAUACAUUAACGAAAUAACAGUAAAUGUUACAUAUAUUUUCUCAGCUUAUAUUAGCACUACUGAUAUCAUUUGAUCGAGUUAUUAAAUGAUUUUAUUAUCAUAACAUAUUCCUUUCGAAAAAACUAAGUUUACUUAGUUAUUUUGAUUUUUUAUUUGAUAGUUUUAAAUAUGAAAGGAAACAUACAAUUUUUAAUCAAUUUAUAUUA